AUGACUACAGCCAGACUGAUGAUACGAGAUCGUCAUUGGCAUGGUAACCUUUACCUCUCUAUCACUACGUCAUCAAUGGCAUGGUACCCUGUUCUACUUAAUCCAAACGUAAACAAACUGACAAACACGUCACGUCUGGACUUGGUUUUGUCUCUUGACUACAAGUUUACAAGCAAUAAAAGCGCUGUAUUUCCACUUCAGCUACUAGGCAUGGAUGUAGAUCCCAUUAAUAGUGUACAAUUUUCAAACCAUACAGGUUACAAGCAGUUCACAGGACGCCGUCUUACGGGGGAUGAAUUGCAUGUUUUAAUAGACGGCAUGGAAACAAACAAUCUACUUCAAGACACGCAUACACAUCUAUUGACAGGCUAUAUUGGCUCAAUCUCAUUACUAGAUGCCAUUGUGCGCGCACACGAACGUCUUCGAGCUGCACAGACCGAUUCAGAUCGUCUUGUGUUUGUAUGUGAUCCAGUCAUGGGAGAUCUCGGCAAACUCUACGUACCGCUGGAGCUGGUGGACUUGUACCGAUCAAAGGUACUACCGAUUUGCGAUGUGUUGACACCUAAUCAAUAUGAGUGUGAAAUGCUGGCAAAAAUAAAGCUGCGUACGGUUCAGGAUGCUAUGUGUGCAUGUAAAAGACUGCACGUAUUGGGGCCAAAGGUUGUGGUGAUUAGCAGUUUUCAGGAAGUCCCCGAGGGUGAAAGCCCAAAGGAGUUGGUGGUUAUCGGCAGCAAGGUCCGCACUAGCAGAGCCAAUGGACAAGAUCUUUGCUGUGAGCAGUAUGAGGUGCGCUUUCCAUGGAUUGAAAGUUACUACACUGGUACAGGUGAUCUGUUUGCUGCUCUAUUGUUGGCGUGGCUCUACCGCUUCCCUGACGACUUCAAGCGUGCGCUGGAAAACGUUGUUUCAACAAUUCAAGAUGUACUCUGUAUUACUCUCAAACUCGGCGGAAAGAACUGCGACUUGAAGCUUAUUCAGAGUCGCGACGUGAUUAUUAACCCAACGGUGCGGUUCCUUGCCUUGCCGCUCUUGGUACCGAUCUUUUCCGUCCUUGUCGAUUUGGAUGUUUUGCUUGGAUUGACGAGCAAUGGAAAAAUAGUGGACGUUCCAAACGGUGCUGCAAUUCACCGGCGUGAGCUAAUUGAUGCUUUGGUGCUUCUCGUGGGCACUGACAACGUCAGCAUUGUCACCAACUAUACGGUAAGAUCGACACGUGCGGUGCCCGGUGCGGCCCUGAAGGUGGUCUCAUCGGCGCUUUUCUCGGAUGGUCGAGCCGAAACACGCAACUGCGAGACGCUAGUGGUGACGAACUCGGCUCCUCUUGUUGAUUUGGCCACUCGUGCAUUGUACCAGGUGCUGAAUCUAACUGCAUCUGACGAAGCAGUGACGAGUUACAUCAAGGAACACAACGCGCAGUGUCGACUUGAAUAA